AUGUUGUCUCAUAUUCAAAACGAAGUGACAUUCACGACAUUUGCGCAAUUUGAAGAGGAAUAUAGAUCAUAUAAGAAAGUCGUAAAAAUACCGCUGUUUAAAAACUAUUUACAAUGGAAGUGUCUGCACUUCUGGUACAAGUACAUUUCGCAGAACAAGUACAGUUGGGCGCGGGAAGAGCUACAAGCCCCGCUAUCGUUAUUCAUGUUGUCCGCUCCACUACGGGACGCGUCGUUAAAGGUAUCUGCCCUGAUUUACCAGACGGCGACAAUAAGCUUGUACAACGGUUCGGUUACCGAAGAAAACACACUUCAAGGAUUUAAAGAACAACAGGAGAGUAGCACCGAGGCGGCCGUCGGACAAUUGCAGAACCUACGUUUGACGGUCAAAGACUUAGUGCUGGGCGCGUGUUCCAGUGCCCUGGCCGAGUGCGGGUUCACUACGGACGACUCGGAAUUUCGAGUCACAAAGGUCUCGCGUAUAGCAAAGUCCCACGGUGCAGAUGGCGAUAGUAGAGGGACCACCGGCUACACGAUGCCGUUCGUAAAACAAAGGUCCAAACUUAAAUGUUGCCAGAGGAUUUGCCGGUUCAUCGCGUUCGUCGAUUUCCAGUUGCAGUCGCAUCUGCACAAGAUUGCCAGGAAUCAGAUCGUUCGAUUUGAGGCGGACGUGCGCAGGCACUACAAGUACGUUCCCGUCGAGCUACGUCAAAUGAACGGGCACGCCGACGACGUCGAUACCAUGCUGGAAAGUGACAAGUCUUCAGAUGAACCAAAGUCACCGUUGUUCGUAUUGGAAGCGUUUUUAACGAAAAACGGUAUCGAGUUCGAUAACGCGCAAAGCGAUUUCAUCAAUUACGUAUCGUUAUUAAUAGAAAACUGGAAAUGGAUCAUUAUCACACACUUUCCUCCGCUUCUGGACGACAUCGAAUUCAACGAUUUCGUAAUCCCGUCAAUUUGCGGUAAUCAGAAUGAUCGUGUCUGCGGCAACGGACCAUCAUUGCAGUUUGUGUUCGAAAUUGACGGUGCGUAUCAGAACACCACAGAAAAAAUAUUCAAUUAUUUCACUACGAAUUUUAAAGCGGUACACAAGUACUUAAAACGUCUGGAAUAUGUACACAUUAUUUACAGAGACAACGAAGAUAUCGAUCGAGGAAGUAUCGAAAAUGAAACCAGCAAGUAUUUAGUCACUUAUUGAUGUAGCUACACGAAAUCUACCAUUUGGCUAACGUCAAAAUGUAAAUAGAUACAUAAUAUCCUUUUAUUUUCUUAGGCAUAUUUAAUUUUCGAAUAAUGUUAGAGAAAUACAGACGACAAAUAACCGACGUAGACAAAAUAAAGACCGUAAAAAUGUUGGGAAUGUUUCAUUUAAAAUUACAUAUUUUAAAAAAUGUUGCUAAACCGACCUGCGAAUAUUUAUUAGAGCUAGUGGAAAAAACGCUUGUAAAAGCGGGAAAACGGUUGGUGAAUGAACUGUCAAACGAGAUAAAUGAUUCGCUCAAGUACCUCCACACUUCACCAUCUACUGCUGCACAAUACGUAGAUUAUAAAAAGUUCCUGGAACAUUUUUCCAUGAGG